AUGCGUGACCAACCUUCACCUGGCUACUCGCGCCAUCUCCCUUCCGAUUACACUGUUGGGUGGGUUUGUGCCCUACCAAGAGAGCAAAGCGCGGCGUCUUUCAUGCUCGAUGAGAUCCAUGAUCCAAAUGAGCUCGAAAAUCCGCCCCACGACAGCAAUUCAUACAUUCGGGGCAGUAUCGGAAAGCACAAUGUUGUCAUUGCCUGCUUGCCCAUGGGCUUAACUGGGACAGUCAGCGCAGCAUCAGUUGCCACACGAAUGGUAGCAACAUUUGUGAAUGUCAAGGUUGGGCUAAUGGUCGGGAUCGGUGGCGGUAUGCCUCAGAACAAUGUCCGGCUCGGAGAUGUGGUAAUCAGCUGCCCCAAAGGUAAAUCUCCUGGAGUUGUGCAGUGGGAUGCCGGCAAGGCAUUGUCAGGAGGCGUCUUUCAGCGGAAGGGUUCCCUGAACAAGCCCCCAACGGCGAUGUUGGCGGCUCUGAGCAAUCUUGAAUCACACAUUGUCGAGUCUCAUGCCAAGGUUGAUGGCUAUAUGAGCCGUCUGCAAUCUCGCAAAGAUGUUCCAAAGAGCUUCGUUAGCCCGGAUAUGCUGACCGACGUGCUAUACCAAUCAAGCUAUCGUCAUGUGGAAUCUGUCGUUACCACAGGAGGAGAUUGCUUCGAAUCUCAACUGAACGGCAACGCAAUCGAAUGUGCUCUUUGCGACAGGACUAAGACGGUCAAGAGGGCUCCGAAAGCAAGAAAGAUCAAUUUCCACUACGGUCUAAUUGCGUCGGGUGACCAAGUGAUCAAAGACGCCCAGGUCCGAAAUAAACUCUACGACGACCUUCGCGAGGAAUUGAACACAGAAGUCCUCUGUGUCGAGAUGGAGGCCGCGGGAUUGAUGGAUGAUUUUCCGUGCAUCGUCAUUCGGGGCAUCUGUGAUUACGCCGAUUCACACAAGAAUGAUGCCUGGCAAGACUACGCUGCAUGCGUUGCGGCCGCAUAUGCGAAAGCGCUUCUGGAUACAUUGCCACAUACGAAGGUCGACGAAAUGCAGACCAUCCAGGGUAGGUGCCUUUUGAAAGUUCUCUUCAGCGUAUUCAUUUAA